AUGAUUAAGGACAAGAACGGACGAAGUGACGAAAUUGCAAUGGAACCGGAAGGACUGGAAGUGAUGACUUACAAGUGCACGUCAAGUGUGGAGCCUGAGGACAUGCGCAUUAUGAAUCACAGCCAUUUGGAACUUAUUGUUAAGGAAUUCCAAAACGCAGAUCGCUGGUUUGACGUCACUACAGAGACAUAUCUGAUAGUAGCUUAUACAAUCGUCAUUGUGACAGGAAUUUUGGCGAAUUCGCUCGUAUGUCAAGUUGUUUUCAAAUAUCGGUAUUUGCGUAAAGCCCGUAAUAUCCUCAUCGUCAACCUUUCCAUCUGUGAUAUCCUUAUGUGUACGUUUUGCAUGCCAUUUUCAUUAAUCAAGCUCACUUUGAAAAACUGGCACCUUGGAGAAUUUGUAUGUCGUAUUGUUCCAAGUCUUCAAAAUGUUGAUGUCCUUGUUUCGACUUUUACUAUUGUUGCCAUAGCGUUUGACAGGUACCGUGCUAUAGUUACUGUCUCCAGAGAAGGACACCACCGUAAUGGUCUUAAGUAUAUUAUUGUGCUGAUAUGGAUAAUUGCCAUUUUUUGUUGUAUUCCGAUGGUAGUCUUCCAUCAUGUGGAGGUACCGUGCAUAAUGGAAUACGGAAUAUUCCAGAUUUGUACAGAAGUUUGGCCUACCCAAACUUAUAAAAGUAUAUAUACAAUAACCUUCACCGCCAUCCAGUACGUGAUGCCUCUCACAGUUGUUAUUACGUUACAUACAAGGAUAUGUUAUGUUCUACGCAUGCGCAUUCGUAGUGAUCCAAUCACAGAAACAGAAAUUAAGCGAGUUUUACGUGAUAUCAAACGUAAUAAAAAGAACAUGAUGCUACUGUCUGCAGUCGCCGUUUCGUUUGCUCUUACAUGGCUUCCUUGGACGAUACUCAAUAUGACUGCUGAUUUUGAUUACCGUUUCUUCAUAGACAAAAACUUCAACCUUAUGUACGCCAUUUGCCUGCUAGUAGCCAUGACCUCCUCUUGCAUAAAUCCAAUCAUGUAUGGGUGGUUCAAUAGUAACUUCCGGCAAGCCUUUAUUAGUGCUCUUUUGUUCUGGAGGAGGGAAGUAAGCGACUCAAUGGAACUGAUCACCAUAAAAUCAGAUUCUAGAGACAAACGAGGAUACGGGGGAAAUGACACUGGUUCCAACAGCUAA